UUAUAUAAAUACUGCAACUACAUUUUUUUCACUAUUGCUCUGAGUUACGCAAAAGUAAUUUAUAAAAUGAAGUUUCUGGUUUUCUGCAUUGUUUUAAGCGUCUUUGUGACUUUCGUAUUGUCACAGACAGAAACGAAAUGUCCUGCAAAUUCAACACAAGGAUGUACCCCAUGCCCAUGUCCUGAUCCAACCUGCAGGAACAGAAAACCAGAAUGUUCUGACAAACCCUGCACAAAAGACUGCAAACCGACAUGCAGAUGUGACAAAGGUUUCAUCUACAAUGAUAUUGGUAUUGUUCGUGGUUGCGUACGUCCUGGCGAUUGUCCCAAAAUUUAAUUGCGACAAACUGAUUUUUGGUUUUUCUUGUGUUGUUUUUUUGUUAAAAUUUGGUUAAAAUAUGUUAUAAAUCUUGUUGCUAAUUGUGUUAAAUAAUAAGUAGAAUUAGUUUUAUAUUUUUGUUUUUAUUGCCUAUUAUUGUAGAAAAUAAAAAAUUGGACCAGUUGUCCAGUAAAUUUAAGUACAAUAAUUUAUAUUUUACAAUUCUAUUUUCACCAACGAUUCCUGGGUAUAAAUGCUGUCUUCAAUAACAUCUUAGUAUUUUUUAAUGUAAACCAGACCAUUCCAGACAACGAAAAC